GAGCGGAGGCUGAGAGCGCCGCCGCCGGAGAAGACCGACCCUCGGCCAGAGUCAGCCUGCGGCGCCCGGGCCUGGCUGGCUGCUUCCCGCCUCAGCCGCUUCUCCGGCUUCUGCCGCCGCAGACACCGUCCAGGCGGGUGCGGCAGAACGCAAGGUCCUACGGCCCAGUCUGGUCCGGUGCGGCCCGGAUCCGUGGCACGGGAGGACCCUACUGUGGACAUGAGUCGGUAAUGCCCACUGAGGACUUCUGGGAGCCAUGUCAGACGAUUCCGCCUCAGGGAGCGAUCCAGACCUGGACCCGGACGUGGAGCUGGAGGAUGCGGAAGAGGAGGAGGAGGAGGAGGAGGUGGCAGUGGAGGAGCAUGACAGGGAUGACGAGGAAGGCCUGCUGGAUGACCCAUCCCUGGAAGGCCUGUGUGACACUGAGCAUGCCCAGUUGGGGGAAGAUGGGCAGCGGCCGCCGCGGUGCACUUCAACUACCUCAUCUCAGUCUGAGCCUUCAGAGCAGCUUAGGCACCAAGGCAAGAUCCUAGCAUCUGAGGACCCCAAAAAGAAGCGAGCUCAGAAGCCCUCUCACAUGAGAAGAAACAUACGAAAGCUACUCCGGGAGGAUCAGUUGGAGCCCGUUACCAAAGCAGCACAGCAGGAAGAAUUGGAAAGAAGAAAGCGCCUGGAGCUGCAGCGUAAAGAGUAUGCAGCCCCCAUUCCUACUGUCCCUUUGGAGUUCCUACCUGAGGAAAUUGUCUUACGAGCUAGUGAUGGUCCCCAACUCCCUCCUCGGGUCUUGGCCCAGGAAGUCAUUUGUUUGGACAGUAGCAGUGGCAGUGAGGAUGAAAAAAGCAGUCGAGACGAGGUGAUUGAACUGAGUUCUGGAGAGGAGGAUACUCUACACAUUGUGGACAGCAGUGAGUCUGUCAGUGAGGAGGACGAGGAAGAGGAGAAGGGAGGCACCCAUGUGAAUGACGCCUUAAACCAGCAUGACGCUCUUGGGCGGGUCCUUGUCAACCUGAAUCACCCUCCAGAGGAGGAGAAUGUCUUCCUGGCCCCACAGUUGGCACGGGCCGUGAAACCUCAUCAGAUUGGUGGGAUCCGGUUCCUAUAUGACAACCUAGUGGAGUCCUUAGAAAGGUUUAAGACCAGUAGUGGCUUUGGCUGUAUCCUGGCCCAUAGCAUGGGGCUGGGGAAAACACUACAAGUGAUCUCCUUCAUUGAUGUCCUUUUCCGCCAUACGCCAGCCAAAACAGUCCUUGCCAUUGUGCCGGUGAACACUCUUCAGAAUUGGUUGGCAGAGUUCAACAUGUGGCUCCCGGCUCCUGAAGCCCUCCCAGCCGACAGCAAGCCUGAAGAAAUCCAGCCUCGGUUCUUUAAAGUUCAUAUCUUGAAUGAUGAACACAAGACGGUGGCAUCCCGUGCUAAAGUGACGGCUGAUUGGGUUUCAGAGGGUGGAGUGCUGCUGAUGGGAUAUGAAAUGUACAGACUGCUCACUCUGAAGAAGUCCUUAGCCUCAAGCAGACCCAAGAAAACCAAGAAACGCUCUCACCCUGUCAUCAUUGAUCUGGAUGAAGAAGACCGACAGCAGGAGUUCCGGAGAGAGUUUGAGAAGGCCUUAUGCCGCCCUGGUCCUGAUGUGGUGAUCUGUGACGAGGGACACCGCAUCAAAAAUUGCCAAGCCAGCACCUCACAGGCUCUGAAGAACAUACGUUCUCGUCGGCGGGUAGUGUUGACUGGCUACCCUCUACAGAACAACCUCAUUGAGUACUGGUGCAUGGUGGACUUUGUGCGCCCUGAUUUCCUUGGUACUCGUCAGGAGUUUAGCAACAUGUUUGAACGCCCUAUCCUAAACGGACAGUGUAUUGACAGCACACCUCAGGAUGUCCGCCUCAUGCGCUACCGGAGCCAUGUUUUGCACAGCCUCUUGGAGGGCUUUGUGCAGAGGAGAGGCCACACUGUGCUGAAGAUUCACCUCCCUGCCAAAGAAGAGAAUGUGAUCCUGGUGCGGCUUUCUCAGAUCCAGAGGGAUUUGUACACACAAUUCAUGGACCGCUUCCGGGAUUGUGGGAGCAGUGGCUGGUUGGGGCUGAAUCCUCUGAAGGCUUUCUGUGUAUGCUGCAAGAUCUGGAACCACCCUGAUGUGCUGUAUGAGGCCCUCCAGAAGGAGAGCCUAGCCAACGAGCAGGACCUGGAUGUGGAGGACCUCAGCUCAGCGGGGACCAGUGCCCGCUGCCCACCGCAUGGCCCGAAAGUCAAGGGGGAAGAUAGUGCCUUGCCUGCCUCCUUGGGAGAAGCAACCAACAGCAAGUUCCUGCAGGGAGUCGGCUUUAACCCUUUCCAGGAACGGGGCAAUAACAUUGUUACAUAUGAAUGGGCCAAGGAUCUUCUGACUAAUUAUCAGACUGGAGUCCUGGAGAACUCUCCCAAGAUGGUACUUCUUUUCCACCUGAUUGAAGAAAGUGUGAAGCUUGGGGACAAGAUUCUUGUCUUCAGCCAGAGCCUUUCUACCUUGGCUCUCAUCGAGGAGUUCCUAGGGAAACGAGACAUGCCUUGUCUGCCUGGUGCCGAGGGGCAAGGAACGCAGAAGUGGGUCCGAAAUGUCAGCUACUUCCGUCUGGAUGGCAGCACCCCUGCCUUUGAGAGGGAACGGCUCAUUAACCAGUUCAAUGAUCCCAGCAACCUAACCACCUGGCUCUUCCUGCUCUCUACAAGGGCUGGAUGCUUGGGUGUGAAUCUGAUUGGUGCCAAUCGAGUGGUGGUAUUUGAUGCUUCCUGGAACCCUUGCCAUGAUGCCCAGGCAGUAUGUCGAGUAUACCGUUAUGGCCAGAAAAAGCCCUGUCACAUCUAUCGACUUGUAGCUGAUUAUACUCUUGAAAAGAAGAUCUAUGACCGGCAGAUUUCCAAGCAGGGCAUGUCAGAUCGGGUAGUGGAUGAUCUAAAUCCAAUGCUGAACUUCACUCGGAAGGAAGUGGAAAACCUGCUGCACUUUGUUGAGAAGGAGCCAGCUCCCCAAACGUCUUUGGAUAUAAAGGGGAUUAAGGAGUCAGUCUUGCAACUUGCCUGCCUGAAGUAUCCUCACCUCAUCACCAAGGAGCCUUUUGAGCACGAAUCAUUGCUCCUCAACCGAAAAGAUCACAAGCUGACCAAAGCUGAGAAGAAAGCAGCAAAGAAAAGCUAUGAGGAGGACAAACGCACAUCAGUACCCUAUACCCGCCCAUCGUAUGCGCAGUAUUAUCCUGCCAGCGACCAGAGCCUGACCAGCAUCCCUGCCUUCAGUCAGAGGAACUGGCAGCCAACACUGAAGGGUGAUGAAAAGCCUGUGGCCAGCGUUCGUCCUGUACAGUCUACCCCCAUCCCCAUGAUGCCCCGGCAUGUCCCGCUCAGUGGCAGUGUAAGCUCUGCCUCCAGCACAAAUACAUCCAUGAACUUCCCCAUCAACUACUUGCAGCGGGCAGGAGUCCUUGUGCAGAAAGUGGUCACCACGACAGAUAUUGUUAUUCCUGGACUCAACAGCUCCACAGAUGUUCAGGCGAGAAUCAAUGCUGGUGAGAGCAUCCACAUCAUCCGAGGGACGAAAGGGACAUAUAUCCGCACCAGUGAUGGACGCAUCUUUGCUGUCCGGGCGACUGGCAAACCAAAGGCCCCUGAAGAUGGUCGGAUGGCUGCCUCAGGUUCCCAGGGGCCUUCUCUUGCGUCCACAAGCAAUGGCAGACACAGUGCCUCAUCACCCAAAGCCCCUGACCCCGAGGGGCUGGCCCGGCCAGUCUCUCCUGACAGCCCAGAAAUCAUCAGUGAGCUCCAGCAGUAUGCAGAUGUGGCCGCUGCUCGGGAAUCCCGUCAGAACUCCCCAAGCAUCAGUGCUGCCCUGCCUGGUCCCCCGGGCCAACUUAUGGACAACAGCACCAUUCCUGGGACAGCUCUUGGAACUGAGCCAUGCCUUGGGGGUCAUUGCCUCAGUAGUUCGCUCUUGGUGACUGGCCAGCCCAGUAGUGGCAGGCACCCAGUGCUGGACUUAAGGGGCCAUAAGCGAAAGUUGGCCACUCCGUCUGUCACCCAGGAAUCAGUCCGUCGACGGUCCAGGAAGGGCCAUCUGCCGGCCCCCAUGCAGCCCUAUGAACAUGGCUAUCCAGUCUCUGGCGGGUUUGCAAUGCCGCCUGUCUCCUUAAAUCAUAACCUCACCACCCCUUUCACCUCCCAGGCUGGGGAGAAUUCCCUAUUUAUGGGCAGUAACCCCUCCUACUACCAGCUAUCCAAUUUGCUGGCAGAUGCCCGCCUGGUGUUUCCAGUGACUACUGACCCUCUGGUGCCAGCAGGCCCUGUCAGUUCCUCUUCCACGGCUACCUCAGUCACUGCCAGCAACCCCUCCUUCAUGCUCAACCCUUCUGUGCCAGGGAUACUACCCAGCUAUUCACUCCCAUUCUCACAGCCACUCCUGUCCGAGCCCAGGAUGUUUGCGCCUUUCCCUUCCCCCGGCUUGCCCAGCAACCUUUCGCGGGGCGUGUCUGUCUACCCAGGCUAUAUGUCCCCACAUGCAGGCUACCCAUCUGGUGGCCUCCUCCGGUCCCAGGUGCCUCCAUUUGACUCGCAUGAGGUGGCUGAGGUGGGGUUCAGCUCCAAUGAUGAUGAGGAUAAAGAUGACGAUGUGAUAGAGGUCACUGGGAAGUAGCUGGGAAGCCCCUGCCCACCUCACUUGGGGCUCCUAGAAGGUUGCCCACCAAACUGGAAGGCAAUGAACCUGGUCUUUCUGAAAAUAGGGUACUUGGCAGGAAGGAAAAGAAGGCAAAGGAGAGUGGUUGGCCAUAAUGGCGGGCUCUAUUGCUGUUCAUUUGAAGAAGAAAAGAAAAAAGAACCUAGAAACUCCACAGAGCUGUAAUAGUGGGAAAUCAGGGACCGAAAACAGGGAUGGGUGUGCAGCAGCCUGCCUCUUCCUUUCUGCCUUUCCUGUGCCGUCUGCUUAGAUGCCCAUUUGAGUGCAGAAGCGCAUAUCCCAUUCUGCCUUUGGGAACAGCUCUCCCGAAAAAUCUGCCUGAGUGACUUAGUUUGGCCUGAGGAUUGGAGAAGAAUGAGGGAGACAAGGGUGGGCACGGGGGCAGACAGAUUCCAUGGGAAGGAAGCGAACCAGGCCGUGUGUGUGUGUGUGUGUGUGUGUGUGUGUGUGUGUGUGUGUGUGUACGUGCGUGUGUACGUGUACUCAUGCACGAAAGAGAGAACGUGUAUGUAGCAGAAUAAGGGUGAAAGUGGGAGGGAAGGGAGGGGAAAAACUAAGGUAAACUAAAAAGAAAUGAAAUUUAUCUUUUUUGAAGUGUAAAUCAGAGUGUGGUGGUUUAUGGCUACUAAGUUGAACAUCACAGUGAGUCCAGGAGAGGAGCCCUGAGAGCCAGCCCCCUUCAGCCAGGUGAGGAGAGGCUGGCUAACUGGAGUCCCUAGUCCCACAUUUGCUUUUUAACUUGGGGGAAAAUCAUGAGAAAGUGAGUGUUUCUGAUCUCUUACUCUCCACAGUGGCCAUCUCUGAGCAGAUGUCCCUUUCCCUGUGGGCGCUAAGUGCACUGCAGUGAAAGGGUGAAGUUGUGUUGUGGCUGGAAAAGACCUGCUUCACCAGGACAAAACUGAGCCCCUUUGGCUGCCUGUCCUGGUGGCCUUUCCUCCUCUUCCCUCCCCAUUAGAGAGCUCCAUGUUAACUUAUUUCUUAUGGGCAAUUAUUUAUUUUCAUUUGGGGGGCAAGGGUGGUGGGUGGAGGUUAUAAAGAAGAUAGCAGAUAGUAAAGGAAGUUCUAAAAUAUUCCAAAUCCCCUAGCUGCUGGUAAAAAAGAAAAAAUGAAAAAGAAGGGUCCCAGGUAGAUGGUGAAUUGACCAGGGAAAGAGAAUUAAAAUUAACCAAAAGUUAGAUUUAACAGCCAUGUUGUGGGGAAAUGGCCUCUCAGGAAAAUCAGGGAUCCCUGAGACUGGCUAGUUGGGGUGGUGAGACUCAUUCCAUAAAAUUGAAACUUGGGAUCAUGAACUUUGCUACUGGGAAGUAAGUAACCUCCACACUUGGAACUACUGUCCUCUGGCGGUUUACAGGCCAGUCCUGCUGAGAGUGGAGCUGGGAUCGGAAGCUGCUGGGUUGAGGUAAUAGACUAUUGAUUUUGAGUCAGGACUUUUCUUAGCCUCCCUAGCAUAUCAAGUGAUCAGCGUGGGACUGGUUUCUGGUCCCUCCAUCUUCUCCGAAGUUAUCACAGGGAAGCCCUUCCUCUGUGGUAGUCUUAUGUCUGUCUUUUGUUUUAAAAGAGUACAAACAUGAGUCAUUCUGGUCUCGCUUCCCUUGUUCCAAAUACCACAGCAGGGGUAUCUAGUGCUUAAACAUAAACACUGGCUGUUUUCUAUUAUUGGUGUGUACUGUGUCUUGUAGCCCUCUGCCCCCCAAGUUUUUCCAUGCAGCCCUUUGUGAAGAAUAGCUCCUGUCUGGCUUUACCACCUUCCCUUGGCUCUAACCUGAUUGGGCAACCGCUAGAUCUGCCUCCUAGUUCAAGAAGUAUCUUAACCACUGCCUGUGACUCUGGGCUAGCAGCUUCUCAUUGUUGGGGAGAAAGGAGCCAGCUUAAGGGCAGACGCUGGGAUUGUCCCAUAGACAAGGAGAUAGAGGAUUGAUGGGGUGUGUGUACUGUCCAGUAACACCAAAGUCGACUUGAGCUGUCUCUGUUUUCAUGUGCACCCUGUCAGACACUUAACUCUUCUACUCAUAGAAGCCUUAGAUCUACAACUUAGCUAUGCAAAUUAUUUUUAACAAUUUAAAAAUAGCAGUUUCAACCAGUGCUUUCUCUGUCAAAUGUAGUCCAAGAAUUGAUAGUCAAGACAUUUAAUUGGAGUGGGCUCUUAGGUGGGGGCUGGUACAGUGGGAGUGAGCUAUUCCAGAUCUCUAUAACUUGUAGAACACAUUCAGAACUUGUGUUACAUGGACGCCUCUCUGACCUUGGAAUACUGAGUUUCAGAGUUGUAUGUCUGUGUGUAUGCCCUGCUAGCCAGGAAAGGGCGUUUCUGUGUUCACAAAUAUGAAAUUAGUAGAAAUAAUUUCAGUAGGGAACUGGAACUGGUUUUUACCAGGAAGUAAAUGGGACUUUGGAGAGUUAGCAUGGGACUGCUGUACACUUGGUCAUCCCAGGCUUGGGCCUCAUGUCAUCUGUGCAGCAGCCAUGAUUCUAGACAGGUCUCCUGGCUAAAGAAUGUGAUAACAUGCAGCUUCUGUUGUAUAAGGGUAGGGGUGAGAGCAUAGGAGAUUGAAUUGCUUAUUAGCUCCGUGGACUUUGACAACCCCCUUUCCCCAACAAACUUAAGUAUCUGCUUUUCAUAUGGACUCAUGGGGAAAUGCACAUACACAGCACGCAUGAGCAUGCGUGAGCAUGUGAUGAGGGAAGCAGGAGCCUCACAAAUCUAUCGUGCUUAGAUUGGAAACAUGAGGUAGUAGGUAGGUCUACAGAUUCAUUCUUGUAACCUAGCCCUCAAGAAGACAAAGCAGGAAGAUCAUCUUGGGCUGUGUAUGCAGGAGACAUGGGGAAAGGCAAGGUCAGGCCCUGCGUUCUCUUAUUUGUCUUUUGUGGAAUGUUUUAAGGGUCUCAAGAUUCUGUCCAGUCACUCUGGUGUAUUCUAAAGUCUUAUUGUCUAUAACACUACUAAAUGAUGCAGGGUGGCGCUUAAGAUACCUGAUUCCCUUAGGUCUCUAUGUCCCCUCUGUUAGGGAUGGAGUAGCUGUUUAAGAAAGUAAGUGAACCAUAUUAGGUCAUAUCCUUCUUAAUGGCUUAGCUCUGAAGUCCUCAACCCUUGAGUUACACUACUUAUGUACCUGUAUUCCUGGCUUAAAGAUUUUGUCUGGUCCUUGGAACUCUUCUAGGAAUUAAUGUGUGGAUCAUAUAUUUGUGACUUAAGUUUCCUACUCUGGGAGCAUGUAGCAAAGAGCUGGGGUGUGUUUUGCUGGUUAGGUGAGACUGCCAGUAGCAAGCAGUCAGUAUCUGUAGGUGUGACAUCCAUUGCUCGGGAAGUGAGUCCUUAUCCAUGGGGAAGGCUUUCUGGGGUGUCACAUUCCUUGUUCCUACACGGACCUUUUGCUUCCCACGUUCCGUGGUUUCCACAUGCCCAGGUCUCCUGAGCCAGGGUUUUCUGUGCAUUUGGCCAGGUUGCUCUUUCCCAGUAUUGCUGCUGAGAGAAAUCACCCUCCCCCAAAGGAUGACUUUCUGGCUCCUCUGCUGACUAGUUCCCAGGAAAUCAGCGCCAAUUGGAAAAGUGCUGAACUGCCCGUUGCUCACCUCCAGACUCUUUCCUGACUAUUGCCCCUGUGUAUUUGAAUUGCUGUAAUCCCUCAGCAUCUGUUUUGUGCCAUUAGCUUGGCUCUAGGCCUUCUAUGAAUACCUGAGUCCUCUGAUGAUGAACUAAUAAGUAGGCAGUGUCCGCCCUCUCUGCUUUUCAGGGACCCAAGUCUGCGCCUUUCCCCUACUACAGUCUGUUUGCCAUAGUCAUCUAGUGUGCUGGGGAGAGUCAGGCAGGCUGUGUCAUCUACAAUGUAAAGGGCUGGGGGAGGCUUGGGCACUCUGCUACCACUACUAGGAUAUUCAGACAAGCGGGGACCUCAUACUGUGACCUGACCCAGGACCCUCCCUGGAAGAGAGCUCAGCCCAGCUGUGUUUGAGUGAAUGUGUGUAUGUGUUUGCAUGUGUGUGCUCAUGUGCACUGUGGAGUAAAAUGACUGUUAUCUGAUUGUGUAACUCAGGACAGGCUGGGGACUCACCAAAAGAUUCCCUCAAGCCUGCCCAAGACAGGUUUUUUCCUUGUACCCUCUUCAGAGGGAUCAGAGAGAGGGUCCAGGUGGGUUAAAGGGGAUGCAACAGAUAACCACUAAGGCCACACUGCUGCCAGAGGAGCUGGGGGAAAAGGAGGGAGAUGAGGUUGCCCCAAGGCUCUGGUACCUGGCUUUAGUUUUCUGUCUUCUUUCCUCAGGAUGCCCCUGAGGCCCAGGACCUGUGCCUGGCUUAGAGGACCAUCUGUGGCUGGGUGAUCCAGCUGCUGAUGUGAUCAUGGGCUUCCCUCCUCUCUCAGCAGGGCAGACACUUCUGCCCCAGGGACUGGGCAACUGGCUGUUUCUAUGACGUAUUUAUUUUUACUUGUGUUUCAUGUCACUUUUUUAAAGAAAAAAGCAAACAGAACAAUUGUAAGUCAGUAUAACUGCCUAUCAGUUUUCUUUAUUUCUCUUUUUGUAAAAUAAAACUUAAACUCAA